AGCGACCGCCUCCUGUUCCUCCGGGGCCUCGGUGGGACUGCGAGCGGAUAUGGCGGCUCUGGUCCUGGUGUUUUCUCCGCUGCCGCGCCUUCGCGGUCUCCUUCAACGCUGCUGGGGGCGGCUAGAGCGUGGCCUCCUGCCGUUUUUUUCCGGGGGGCAGAGCCCGCCCUGGGGACCAGCCCUGGCUGUCCAGGGUCCAGCUGUUCUUCCACAGUCGGUAAACGACACUAUCGAAAGUAACGAGGCACCACACCUGUUGGAUAGCAUCUUGUGGAUGGCGGCACCAAAGAAAAGGCGCACCAUUGAAGUGAACCGCUGCCGGCGAAGAAAUCCAAAUAAGCUUAUAAAAGUAAAGAGGAACAUAGAUGUUUGUCCUGAGUGUGGAAACUUGAAACAGAAACAUGUCCUUUGUGGGUAUUGUUAUGCAAAGGUCAAAGCAGAAACUCGACUGAUACGGUUGGAAAUAGGUAAAAAGGAAGGAGGACCAUUUAAUGCUCCAACAGUAGAGACUGUUGUCCUUUAUGAUGGAGAAAAGCCCACAGAAAAAGAUGCAGGCAAGCGGAUCAUUGAAAGAGCCAGGAAGCGCCCAUCUUGGUUUGUUCAAAACUGAUGCUAUAGAACUAAUGAUCACAAAAACAGUUCCUACAGCAAGAAGGAUCGUGAUUUUCAAGAAUGUUUUCCUCAUUUUGUUCACUCAGUGUUGACACAGAAAACCUAUGAACUUUUGGGAAGCCUGCUUGACUUGCAUGUCAUGCCAUAUGAUUUUGCAGUCAGGUGUUGUUUCUGUAGCAUGCAGUGGGAAGUGCUUCUCAGUGAUGCAUCACAGCAGUCAACAGUUAAAGAGAAGUCAGGAUCUACCUUGGGUUUGGACAUCUGCGUACAACACACUGAAUAAUUUGUAUGAUAAUGUUCUCUGCUGGUUUUGUUAAUAACUUUUUAACAAAGGGAAAACAUUCACAGAUGUAAAAUAAAGUACAUUAAGUUUCCCGGGGAAA